AUGUAUAUCAAUCGACUGCUUGGACUGGCGGCAGCCUCUAUAGGUCUCGUCAAGGCUGUCGAGCUGACAGGCUACGAAUAUAUCGUCGUCGGCUCAGGGGCCGGCGGAGGCCCGCUGGCAGCUCGACUUGCGCUUGCCGGUCACAAGACGCUAUUGAUUGAAGCUGGUGAUGACCAGGGUACCAACGUGAAUUACACAGUGCCAGCCUUCUCUGCCAAGGCAUCGGAAGAUGAAGCCAUGGCGUGGAACUUCUUUGUGCGGCACUAUGCAGACGACGAUCGACAAGCUUUGGACUACAAGACCACAUAUGAGACUCCUGAUGGCGGCGAGUAUACCGGACUGAAUCCGCCAGAGGGAUCAAUCAUGAAGGGGACAUUAUAUCCUCGUACGGGCACUCUUGGAGGCUGCACUGCCCACAAUGCGAUGGUCACCGUCUAUCCGCAUGAAUCCGACUUCGAAUACCUCGCCACACUUACCGGGGAUAGUUCAUGGUCUCCUGAUAACAUGCGCAAAUAUUUCGAGCGCAUGGAGAAGAACAAGUAUCUUCUGCCGUUGGCGAAGGGCCACGGCUAUGACGGAUGGUUAGGAACUGAAACUGCACCUCUGAGUAUUGUAUUGGAAGAUCCCGAGCUUCUGAGCCUGCUACUAGGAGGAGCGUUCUCUUUGGGCAAUGUGACAAACACCGUUUUCAACUUAGGUACACUGCUUCUCGGUGAUGCAAACGCCGACUCUAAGCUGCGUGACACUCUUCCUGGAUACUAUCAAAUUCCGAUUUCCUCCGAUGGCAAUUCUCGCAAUGGUCCGCGCGAGUUCAUCACUGCGGUUCGUGAUGCCACUAAUAGAGACGGGUCUCAGAGAUACCCCCUCGAUGUUCGCACCAACUGCUACGUUACCAAGGUAACUUUUGACGAGUCUGUUAGUCCGCCACGGGCCUCGGGUGUGGAAUUCCUGGACGGUAAAUACCUAUAUCGGGCUAGUCCGCGCUCUAACAGUGCUGGAAGCGGUACUGCAGGCUCUGUCAAAGCCUCACGCGAAGUCAUCGUUGCUGGCGGCACCUACAACUCCCCUCAGAUUCUGAAGCUUAGUGGCGUGGGACCGGCAGACGAACUUCGCAAAUUUGGAAUCAAAGUGAUCUCCGACCUUCCUGGUGUCGGUACCAAUCUCCAGGAUCACUAUGAGACUGCUGUACAGGGUCAUAUUCCCAACAACUGGACCGCACUUAAUGGCUGCACCUUUGAUCAGGGCAGUGAUCCAUGUCUAGAGCGCUGGGAAAAGGACGGACUAGGUGGUCGUGGCGUCUAUUCGUCCGACGGAUUCGCAGCCGCGAUGUUCUACAAGAGCUCUGUCACGGCCGACGACAGCUACGACGUCUUCGUGUUCGGCGGACCAGUCAACUUCCGCGGCUAUUUCCCAGGGUAUAGCAUUAACAUUACUGAGCGUCACGAUUGGUUCUCUUGGGCCGUUCUCAAGGCACACCCUCGCAACCAAGCCGGCUCCGUGACUCUGCGCUCGGCUGACCCCCUUGAUAUGCCUGAAAUCGUCUUCAACUCGUUCGAUACCGGAAGUGGAGAUUAUGAAAAGGACUUGCAGGCAAUCACUGAGGCUAUCGGCGUUGCUCGCGGUGCCUUUGAUCGUCAACUGGUCGAGGUGUCUGAGGUUCUUCCUGGUGACGAUGUUCAGACUGAUGAGGAAAUUCAUGACUACAUCAAGAACACCGCGUGGGGUCACCAUGCGUCGUGUACAUGUCCGAUCGGAACGGACAGUGACCCUAUGGCUGUUCUUGAUUCGAACUUCAACGUGCGGGGUGUCACCGGACUUCGGGUUGUCGAUGCAUCAGUGUAUCCUCGUAUUCCAGGAACUUUCACCGCUGUAUCAACUUACAUGGUGGCCGAAAAGGCAGCCGAUGUGAUUCUGGAUGCAGUCAAGGCAAGCGUGUAA